UGCGAGCUUCUGUAGAGUGGGGCGGGCAUGCGAGCGCGCGCCACUUUUCGCUUUUCUUGGAACAGCGCUGGGGGCGGUCUGGAGGCGGGGUCGUGUGCUGCGCCUGCGCGGAGGGUCUGCUCUUGGGUAGCUCUUUCUCCCGAAGUUGAGCUGGAACUCGGUCUUCGGAGACCCUUCGGGGUGGCUGCUGUUGUAGUCCUCUACGUGAACGCUGAUUCCUGCCUCUGUUCCUAGUGCGGUCGCUGACCUCAGUCCACUCAGGAUAAUGGCGACAGCUGAUGUACUGAACAUUGGUAAAAAGCUUUAUGAGGGUAAAACAAAAGAAGUCUAUGAAUUAUUAGAUAGUCCAGGAAAAGUCCUUCUGCAGUCCAAGGACCAGAUUACAGCAGGAAAUGCAGCUAGAAAGAAUCACCUGGAAGGAAAAGCUGCAAUCUCAAAUAAAAUUACCAGUUGUAUUUUUCAGCUGUUACAAGAAGCAGGUAUCAAAACUGCUUUCACUAGAAAAUGUGGGGAGACAGCUUUCAUUGCCCCCCAAUGUGAAAUGAUUCCAAUUGAAUGGGUUUGUAGAAGAAUAGCAACUGGUUCUUUUCUCAAAAGAAACCCUGGCGUUAAGGAGGGAUAUAAGUUUUACCCACCUAAAGUGGAGAUGUUUUUCAAGGAUGAUGCCAAUAAUGAUCCACAGUGGUCUGAGGAACAGCUAAUUGCUGCAAAAUUUUGCUUUGCUGGGCUUGUUAUAGGCCAAACUGAAGUGGAUAUCAUGAGUCAUUCUACACAGGCAAUUUUUGAAGUAUUGGAAAAAUCCUGGAUGCCCCAGAACUGUACACUGGUUGAUAUGAAGAUUGAAUUUGGUGUUGAUGUAACCACCAAAGAAAUUGUUCUUGCUGAUGUUAUUGAUAAUGAUUCCUGGAGACUUUGGCCAUCAGGAGAUCGAAGUCAACAGAAGGACAAACAGUCAUAUCGUGACCUCAAGGAAGUAACUCCUGAAGGACUUCAGAUGGUAAAGAAAAAUUUUGAGUGGGUUGCAGAGAGAGUAGAGUUGCUUCUGAAAUCAGAAAGUCAGUGCAGGGUUGUAGUAUUGAUGGGCUCAACUUCUGAUCUUGGUCACUCUGAAAAAAUCAAGAAGGCGUGUGGAAAUUUUGGCAUUCCAUGUGAACUUCGGGUAACCUCUGCCCAUAAAGGACCAGAUGAAACUCUGAGGAUUAAAGCUGAGUAUGAAGGGGAUGGUAUUCCUACUGUAUUUGUGGCAGCAGCAGGCAGAAGCAAUGGUUUGGGACCAGUGAUGUCUGGUAACACUGCAUAUCCAGUUAUCAGCUGUCCUCCACUCACACCAGACUGGGGGGCUCAGGAUGUGUGGUCUUCUCUUCGACUACCCAGUGGUCUUGGCUGUUCGACCAUACUUUCUCCAGAAGGUUCAGCUCAGUUUGCUGCCCAGAUAUUUGGAUUAAACAACCAUUUGGUAUGGGCUAAACUUCGAGCAAGCAUAUUAAACACAUGGAUUUCCUUGAAGCAGGCUGACAAGAAAAUCAGAAAUUGCAGUUUAUAAGAGCAUUGUUGCAUUUUUUUUUAGGAGAAAAACUACAAAUUUCUUAGAUUAGCUGUGGGAAAAAAAGCAAGAUCAUUCUCCGUAAAACAGAAAACAAAGUUUAUUGAAUAAAUGGUUCUAGAUUCAUGGUUUAGUAGAA